AUGUGGUUUGACCCAUCAAACAKUAAGACUCCAAGAGGGUCGGGGGCCAAGGAGCGUAACAAGCUGUCCACAGAGGAGCGCAGAAAGCUGUUUGAACAGGAAGUUGCUCAGCGGGAAGCCCAGAAGCAGCAACAGCUUCAGCAGCAGCAGCAGCAGCAGCAGCAGCAGCAGCAGCAGCAGCAGCUCCAGACCAUGGCUUAUGAUCCUGCUCUCUAUGCCUCCAGCCCUGGCUUCAUCACCUACCCUCCUGGAUACCCCAUACAGACUUUUGUAGAUCCCUCCAACCCCAAUGCAGGCAAAGUUCUCCUUCCCACCCCUCCUGUUGAUGCCACCAUCAGCUACGACCAGACAUCCCCUCAACACCUCGUCUCAGACCUGAGUCUGCCCUCUCCGUCUUCCACGUCCCAGAUCCCUCCAGCUUCCAGCCUCACUCAGCACAUCACCACCACAAACCUCACCACUGGCAACACGCAGCAGUUCGUCCAGCCAGCCGUGGCCACCCAGGAGGCGGGAGUAGCCGUCCUUUCCGUCCCGGCUCAGCCCGCCCCUCAGGUGCAGGGCCAGCAGAGCUACGCCACCCUCUGGGAUCCCAGCACCCAGCAGGCGGUGACGGUGCAGACGCAGCCGGCGCAGCAGUACGCCACGGCUCCGGGUCAGGCUCAGACACAAACGGCCAUCUAUUACCAGGGCCAGCCGUGUCAGACCAUCUACAGCAUCCCCGCUGCCUAUCCUCAGACCAGCACUCCUGUCAUACAGGCCUACACAGAGCCCGCUGCCAGCUACCUGCACGGGCAGCCGGUGUAUCCUGGUCAUCAGCAGGGUGUGGUGGUGCAGCAGGGUGGCACAGUCACCACUAUUGUCACAUCCCAAACUGUUCAGCAGGAAAUGAUUGUACCCAACAAUGUGAUCGACCUCCCUCCCCCCUCUCCCCCUAAACCCAAAACCAUUAUCCUACCUCCCAACUGGAAAGUGGCCCGGGACCCUGAAGGCAAGAUCUACUACUACCACGUCGUCACGAGGCAAACUCAGUGGGACCCUCCCACCUGGGAAGGAAGCGGUGACGGUACUAGUGUGGACCACGAGUCCGAGAUGGACCUGGGAACCCCCACCUACGAUGAGAAUCCGUCUAAGUUCUCCACAAAGACAGCCGAAGCAGACACCUCCAGUGAACUGGCAAAGAAAAGUAAAGAAACAUUUAGGAAAGAGAUGUCCCAGUUCAUAGUGCACUGUCUGAAUCCUUAUCGGAAGCCAGACUGCAAAUCUGGACGCAUCAGCAACACAGAGGAUUUUAAACACCUGGCUCGGAAGCUCACUCACGGAGUCAUGAACAAGGAGCUGAAGGCCUGCAAGAACCCCGAAGACCUGGAGUGCAACGAGAACGUGAAGCACAAGACCAAGGAGUACAUCAAGAAGUACAUGCAGAGGUUCGGCUCCGUGUACAGGCCCAAGGAGGACACCGACGUGUUCUGACCUGUCCGAGGUGGGUCGGGGGGGUAGAAGCCUUCUCCGUUCACUCCUUCGUGUUUGUUCUGGCCUGCCCGAACAGUAAAGUAGUUCUUGAUUUUAUUUUUAUUUGUGGCAUUCAUGUGAAUUGCACUGCUACCCUGAGAAUCUCUCCGAGGCCUGGUGGACUGGAGGUCCAGGACUYUACGUAAGGUGCAGUGUUGAAAAAGGAUGACACUGUGGGGUGCUACAGAGACAUUCACAGACUCUCUUUUUUAUUUUAUUUUUGGCUCUUAAAGGUUCCUGAGAUGAUCACCGUAAUUCCAGUUUUUAAACUCUUUAUUGCCCUGAAUGAGGGUUAUUAAACAUGAUUCAGCUUUUUUUCUUUUUCUGUUAAAUGUUGUUUUUUUUUCUGUUUCAACGUGGAUCAAUGACAGAGCAGUCCAGCCUUGUGCCCCGCCCCCCCCACUGUCUGGUGCUGUUGUAAACCGGGCUGCAGGAGGUCCAAGCUUCCUCUUGGAGCGCCUGUUUUAUGAAUGCAUGACACAUGCUGAGGUCUGAGUGAUGUUCUUACACUUUUCAUAUCUCUUCUAGCAGUGUGCCCUCACCAGGCUGAACUUUUACUGAGUUUAAGGGAUCAGCUAGGGAUAAACCAGUUGGAAAAGAGGUUGGAGCCCAGUAUUUUCCUGCUCUUUUAUCAAUUUAAUAUUAAAAACAGGGUUUAAAAUCACUGACGUGCUGUUUAACUGUUUAAUAUUCUUUAAUCCAGCCCUCUCCCAACUCGUUUGUUCCCACCAGUAACGAUACUAAAAAAAUGAAGGUUGUAGCAUCGCAGUUUUAACAGCGGAUAAAAAAAAARAUCUAAGUUGUGUACUCUUGAUAUGUUUUCUUUUUUUUACUACAAGUUCUCAUCUAAAAGACCCCUCGGGUUGGUCGACCUCCUCGAACCAAUAAUUUUAACGACUUUUUACAGUGAAGUUAACUUAGCAUUAGCUCCUCAGUUCCUCCCAGCCCAUUACAUUGCAUUAAACAAAGUUCCAACAUUUGUAUAUUGCUUUAUAUGUGAAUAUAAUGAAUAAUAGUUUAAAUACUUUGUAAAAGGACUCAUUUCCUGAUAGAGAUGUAAAUACUGUGUAAACAAAAGGAGAAAAAAAAGUUACCAAAGCUGUAUGCAGGAUAACGGCUUUGCUCAGCGAGCCCUCACCCAUCCUCACCAGCUCGGCCAUGACCCCCCACCCCCUUCGUCUACAGACUCGCUGCCCGAUUGUUAUACUUCACCGCCCAGGGAGAUCUACCCAUUCUUUUCUCUGUUAUUGUUGGUGUUUUUAUUAUUUUUCUAUGUACAAAGUUACACCCUAUUCUACUGUAAGUAUUGUGUAAGCACAUUGUCAUACCGAGUGUACAAACAUUUUAAAAGAUAAUAAACUCUUUUUGUAAAACUA